AUGGCGAACCUCGAGCCGGUGGAGAAGACCGCGGUCGUGUCGGACUCGACCGGCGCCGAUGCGGUGCCAGCAAUUCGGGCGCGGCCGACUCGCUCCAGUUCGGCGCAGCUCGCCUUGGAGCCCACCGCGCUCUUAAAUCGCCUCGAGACCAUGCUCCUCGGCAACCAACUCGUCCCCGCACCCUCCAACGAGGUCAGCAUCGUCGGCGAGGUCACCAACGGCAUCCUCAUCGCCGCGAAAGCUGCCGUAAACACGCUCUUUUCGUCGCAGCGGCGCGGCGCGCUGAUGGCUCUCCAGAUAAAGAACCUGAAGAAGGCUGCGCUGGCGUACCUUGUGUGGGACCUACGCGGCGAGCUGGCGGGCGCGCGACUCGAGCAGGCGGUCGUGUACGGCAAGCGGCUCGAGACGCACGCGAGCGGCGUGGACAAGGAGUUGGGCAAGUGCAAGCGGCGGCAGGCGGGCGCGGAGGCGCUUCUCGCUGUCGUUCCAGAAACGUUGCAGGACGUGCCCACGCCAGAGGAGCCCGCGGUCGAGGAGGAGCCGGCGGUCGAGGACCUGCCGGCCAGCGACUCCCGUCCCGACGACGCGUCUUCGGACAGCGAUCGGGAAAGCGUCUUCGAACGUCGGGUGACCCGUCGGAUGAUCUCGAGGAGGAGCUAG